CUUCUGGCAUCACAGAGACACUUGUCAACCACAUUGUCUAUUUACCUUCUUGCCUUGGCAACAUUUCUCAUUGUCAUGGAAGUCGUCUUGCCAGCAGUUCCUGACUUAAGGGAGAAGGUUGUCUCAGCUAUAGGGAGGCAGUUGCCAUGGCAAAGAUGCUCCCAUUCCUGCUGGCCUUCCCCUUGUUGCUCUUCCAAGUGGCGCCUGGUUGUCUUCAUUGUGACCGCCGUUUCUUGGACACUGUGACCACCCUGUUGGUGGAAACGCUGCCAGUACAAGUACCCAACCGUCACGCCCUAAUAGAACGGCAUAUCCAGGCCUUGAGUGGCCUGCAUGGCACAUUCCUCCGGAAGAAAUACGAGCGAGUGCUGGAUGUCCGAGGAGUCAUGUCCCUCAAAUCUAACAUUAUCUCCCAGUUGCGUGAGAUCAAGAAGAAGCCUUGGAAAGGGGUCUUCCUGUGGCAGCUUUCCAUGUACCACUUCAGGACAUCGCUGCGAAAGCACAUGCAAGAGGCGCUGGAACAAUUUGCUGAUCUAGCUUGUUCCGAAGAUUGUACAGUGACUGAGGGCCCUGUCCUGGAUUGCUGGUCCUGCCUACGCAUCAGCGCCCAGUGCUUUGAUGGGGAGCUUUGUGGAGUGGAAGACAGACAUCUUGCAGAAUACAAAGAGGUCGUUCUUUACGUGUUCCUUGUCUGCGAGUCAGUGCUGACUAGCUCUGCUGUCCUUAUGUACUUGGUAUGUGUCAAGCACAAGAAAAAGAUGUUGAGAAAAGCAUUGGCCCAUUAGGUGUGUGAGAUGCCAGAGGACCCUUCCAGGACACGCCCCACACGGCCUUGAAUUUCAGAUCAAAUAAAACUUGUUUGGAAA